AUGGCGUGCGCAGGGCUGCUCACCGUGUGCUUGCUCCGGCCGCCCGCGGCCCCGCGGCCCCCUGGAUCCCCAGCUGCCGCCGCCGCCGGCGGGCCCGCCGGACACGCGCUCUUCCAGGACGUUUUCCGCAGAGCAGACAAGAAUGAUGAUGGCAAGCUCUCAUUUGAAGAGUUCCAGAACUAUUUUGCCGAUGGGGUUCUCAGCCCCGGGGAGCUACGGGAACUGUUCAGCAGCAUUGACGGCUGUCCCACUGACAAUUUAGAAACAGAGAAACUAUGUGACUACUUCUCCAAACGCCUGGGUGUCUACCGGCCUGUGCUGGCUGCACUGGAGUCACUGAACCGUGCAGUACUCACUGCCAUGGACGCCACCAAGCUGGAGUAUGAGCAGGCCUCCAAGGUGGACCAGUUUGUGACACGUUUCCUGCUGCGGGAGACAGUGGGCCAGCUGCAAGCUCUGCAGAGCUCACUGGAAGGAGCGUCGGAAACCCUGGAGGUCCAGGCCUGUGGCCUGCGGUCAAGUGAACAGAAUGUGGAAGUGCAGAGCAGGCCCUGUGGCAGCCGGCGGGCAGGACGCAGGGCCCUGAGGAACAUCAGCCGGUCACCGUCCUGGUCUCCUGGUUCCUCUGACAUAGGACAGAGCUCAGAGGCGGAGAUGCAGUGGCGGCUCCAGGUGAACCGCCUCCAGGAGCUCAUAGACCAGUUGGAGUGUAAAGCCCCCCGGCUGGAGCCCCUGCAUGAAGAGGACCUUGCUAAUGGUCCUGACUCGCACAUCCUCGUCGCCCAGAGGCAGGUGCAGGUGGCAGAGGAAGCCCUGGAGGACUUCCACCGGGCCCUGUGCUGCUACGUGGACUUCACCAGAGCCCAGAGCCACUGUCUGCAUGUAUCCGCUCAGAAGCUGUUGGGCAGCGCCUCCUUCAGCCUGUACGAGUUCUGGCGGGAUGAAGCCUCCUGGAGAAGGCACCAGCAGUCACCCUGCAGCAAGGCCUUCCAGCGCAUCCUCAUCGACCACCUGCGGGCUCCAGACACUCUCACCACCGUGUUCUUCCCAGCCUCCUGGUGGGUUAUGAAUAACAACUGAGCCUGACCUGCUUAAGCUGAGGACCCUGAGGCCCUGCCUGUCUCCUUCUAGAGCCUUCUGCACUGGUCAACUCAACACUAAAACCAAGGAUGCUGCUUUCUCCUGGAAGCCCCAGGGCCUGGCCCGCUGGGGGAGGCUCAGCCCAGGGAUCGGGGACUGGGCUGCUUGCUAUUUACUUAUUAGUGUGAAUUCUGGUCCCCUCUGCCCCUGCGUUGUGAUCAGCCAGGUCCCUUCCCUCUCUGGCUGCCUAGUGGCGUCCUGCUUCCUUCCUGCUGUCUUGGGGCCAGGCUUCUGCUCUUCCCCAACCAGCAGCAGAACCAGGGCUGAGCUCAGGGACCCCCAACCCCCCAAACCUCAACCCCUGAGGUUGGGCCAGAUCAGUAUGGGGUAGGGACUUGGGUGUCCCCAUCACCCUCCUGGGCCAGCACCAGACUUCCAUCCAACACCUGAGGCUACACCACAGACCUCUGGAGGAACCUGGGCUGGUCCGCAUAUAAUUUGCAUAUCAUUUGCAUGCUCACAACCCAUCCAUUCUCAGGGCACUAUGGGAAGCCCCCAAGGUGACCUUGUCAAGUAGCAAUAAUUUGGGCUUAGAGUCACCUGCUGUCCCCAGAGACUUCUGAACCCCAGCCCACGACCCCAGCACAGAGGCAAUAAAGGCAGUAGUCACCUCUCA